UAAAAUAAGAAUAAAUAAAAGAGAAGAAAGAGAAGGCAAGGAGCAUACCUGUCUAUGCCUACCCUGGCAAGCGGUGGCUGCGGCGGAAUCGGAACGGACACCCAAAGCAGGACAGCGACGGCGCAAGCGGAGGACGGCGAAGACAAACAGUCCCUGAGGUCACCGAGGUGCGCGGGUGCCCGGCGGGAGGACCGAUGGCAGUAAUGACUGAGCAACGGGAGACGGUGCUGAUUCGGCCGUAGAGGUUCGAUUGCCGGCUUCACGUUGGGUCUCAGCUGGUGGUUGAGUUAUUUCUCUGGUUCACUGCGGCCGGUAGAAGCUGGUGAAGGGCGACGGCAGAUGGGAACUCCAAGGGAACUGGAGGGUGACGUGAAGGAACGCCGGCGGGCGGCGGGCGACUCUGGCCUGGUUGCCGACAAGCUACGGCCUGGACAGUGAAGUUCAGAUGGUGACUGGUCCUCACUACCCACCUACGAAGCUAACAGGACGUAAGUAAAUUUGGAGUCAUGAGCUGCACACUUCAGUAAAGGGAAAGGAAAAUUGAAUUAGUUAAAAUAAUUGAGUAGGUAAAAAACAAAAACAUUGACAUGGUGACCAUGUACAUUCAAUAUUGACACAGCAACCAUGUCUCUGUACUCCCUAUAGCCGAUAUACUAUUCGGCUUAGGAAGUGGGGGGCUUGUGAUGGUAUAAUUAUCCCAACCAUGAAUAAAUAUUGAUCGGAUUAACAUGGAUGAAAGUGAGUUAGAGGUUGAUGUGCACGGUAACUAUGUACGGGUGAUGAUAAGGUAUAAGAAGAGCUCGUACGUGAUGACCAUGGGCGGGUUAGGAGAUAAAAGACUGUACAUGGCGGCUGUGGACAGGAGUUAGUAGAAGAAUAGGGAGUACGGAGUAACCAUGGAUGUCAUGGUAAGCUUAUCCAAAGAGCACGUCCAUAGCAACCAUGGACGCAAGUAGAAGACCAGAGUGCACUAUAGCCUUGGAUGCCAUGGCGAGCUUAUAUAAAGAAAUGUCCACAGUGACCCUGGACAUAGUAGUAGAAGCUUAUCUAAACAAUCUAUACAUGGUGUCUCUGGACAUCAUGGCAAAAGCUACAUGGCGACUCCGUACGACAAACUACAUCAACGACGUCUUUUCAAGAUAUUCACACAAUCAACAAAGGAUUCCACAGAUCCGGAUUAUUGAUCUGCAUAUCAAUUCGAACAUGGCGACCAUGUCGCCCGAAUCUUUUAUGUCUUAUUUUCUACUAUAAAAUCAUGUAAUCUUUGUAAAGUUAAUCAAGCUCAAUACACUGAAUAUACUACAUACAUUUAUCUCUCUAAAGAUUAUCCUGAGCACCUUAAUUAUUUUCGGCUAUCUCUUAUUAAUUAUUUUCCGGUGGAUUUACUUCCAUCACCGAUAGUUGGGAUUAUUAUGAGUGGAUUCAAUAGUUGAG